UCCUGUUUGCGCUCGCUCUAUGAGUAUAGGAUACCUGUUUGUCUAGCAGAUAUUUAGGGUCGACAAUUGCCGGCUACAUCAUGUCGGAUAUUCUAUUUUUGCAAUGAACGUUUUGCCGUUGGUCGUCAGCUCGGCUGGCGCCGCUAAUCCAUCAGUUGCAAAACAGAUUUCAAACGAAGCAUAAUAACGUGUUGACGGUCCAUUAUGCGUUUACUAUAUUUUGGUAUAGGGAGUUUGUUGGUGAUUUUGAUUGGAGUAGAGCUUGUGUGGUCAUUGACAUCCAGCAAUGAUGCAAGGGCUCCGUUCGUGGUCAGUUUGGAGAACGAAGGUGGCCAGUUCUGCUCGGGUACGAUACUAACAAAUAACUGGAUCCUCACUGCAGCUAGCUGCGUAUGGAACAAACUGACAACGGAAGUUUCCAUAGGUAUUCAAUCGCUUGAUCCUAAACUAAGUGGAUACCACCGGAGACCUCACAAAAUUUACGUUCAUCCGGAUUAUGACGCGCAUUUACCAGGUGCGAAUAUGGCACUAAUCAAGCUGAAACGUUCAAUCGAAUGGAACGGUCGCAACGUAUUUAUGAGACUAGCAAAUAACAGCGCUGAUCUGGAGAACUUGACUGAUUGUGUCAUAGUCGGAUGGAACUAUAAUCAAAGGAUCUCCAAACAGUUGCAGUCAGUUGAUCUGCUUCCCAAUGAUAAGUGCUCGGAUCAGGUCCCGCAAAGUCUGUGCAUGAAUGAAACCGAUAACCGUUUGUGCGAGUUUCCCGAAGGUAGUCCCUUGCUUUGCGUUAAGCAGGAACAAUAUCUUCAGGCUGGAUACAUGUCCGGUAGAAAGCAGUGCGACACCACGAAUGCAUCCUUCAUCGUCAGUGGUGUGGCCGAUUUUCACGAAUGGAUUAUGGAUGUUGUUCAUCACAAAAAUCUGGUCAAAGAUUUGCAAAACGGAAAGGGAUAUUUGAAAAGACUUUCUCGGUUUAAUUGGCUGAUUUUCGCGAGUCUGUUCUUUGUUAUCAGUUUGGUGGUAUUGAUCCAGGUGUUGAGAUCUCGGUUUAAACUGUUUUGAAUUGUAUAAAAUUUGUGUAUUUUAAAAGUAUUCGAAAAACAAGGAUGUAUCAAAAGUGCGGGAUUAAUUUUGGGAAAUGAGCAUGUCUUGUCGAAAAUGUAGUUUUGUUUCCGCUUGUGUGCAGGGGAAAAAAAACAUUUUUUGUCCAGAUUCAAAUCCUAAUUCAGAAUGAGAACACUUGCCUCUUCGUUUCAUCCUUAUACUUACACCAAAAAUCAGACGAUUUACAGACGGUAAUCGCUACUAUCAAGGAAUGAGGCACUGGAUGCAAAAUUUGAGCUGCGAAAUACGUCGAAUUUUAGGAAAAGUGUCGAAAUUUUUGGUAAUAUUUUGGAAAAGUGAAAAAGAUCAUAAAAUGGAAUAUGAUAUAAUAACAGGUGUGAUGUUUCGUUGAAUUUUCUUGUAAGUUGUUUAAUUGAACAUAUUUAUGAUAACCAAAAUAAUGUGAUGGUAAAACAUUUUAACCAAAGUUUGUAUGAUUUUGUAAAAGUCUAUUACAUUUAAUUUAUUUCAAUAGGUAAGCU